AACCCCCAACGCCUGACCCAUUUGCAAUCCCAACCCCCAACGCUUGACCCAAUCUAUUGGAAUGGACGCCGAAUCUCUGGGUGAAGAUGAAAAGUCACCUCUUCUCUGCUCUCCUUCUCUGGCUUGGCGAAAUGGAGUGGUUACGGCUGAUUUCGCAGAUUUGAUUCUGCUCUCAUUACUCAACCCAAGUGUCUGUUUGGACUUUGGAGUAAAGGCUAAACCAGAAUUUUCGCCUAUAUAUAAAGCCCUCACCGACUUCAUUACUCAACCAGAAGUGUUUUCUUCUUCGGCGUUGUGGAUUGUGGAUCUUGGCGAGGUAAGUUGUCUUCUUCUUCAGCCGAUUGAAUUUAUAGGCAGCGGGGUUGGGUUGUUUCAUCGUUAUGGUUGA